GAGGGACCGGGAUCCGGUGCCGGGGCGUAGAUACUGACACCAAGGGAAUCUGGGUGCCCCUCCUCACGCCAUGUGGGCCCCCGGAAACCCGGCUCCGCCACCCCGACUGCCCCGUGGCCCCGGCCUCAAUCCUGGCCAGGCGGAGAUUCUGCGGACAUUCAGGGAUCGGCUUCGCCACUGAGACCUCAGGCCUCUGCCAGCCACCACCCACACACCCCUAGCCAUCUUCGGCAGGUUCUAUUCCCGGCUGCACCGGUGCCGUCGCCCCAGCCUCAGCUAUGCUGCACACAGAGGGCCACGCUCUUCUUCGGGCCGUGGGUCAGGGUAAGCUACGCUUGGCCCGUUUGCUUCUUGAGGGAGGCGCCUACGUGAAUGAAGGUGAUGCCCAGGGGGAGACUGCAUUAAUGGCGGCCUGUCGGGCCCGCUACGACGACCCUCAGAACAAGGCACGCAUGAUACGCUACCUACUCGAGCAAGGCGCCGACCCCAACAUCGCAGACCGCCUAGGGCGCACGGCGCUCAUGCACGCUUGCGCCGGGGGUGGGGGCGCCGCGGUGGCCUCGCUGCUCCUUGCUCACGGCGCAGACCCCUCGGUCCGAGAUCACGCUGGCGCCUCGGCGCUUGUCCAUGCCCUGGACCGCGGGGACCGCGAGACCCUUGCCACUCUGCUGGACGCCUGCAAGGCCAAGGGCACGGAGGUCAUCAUCAUCACCACUGAUACCUCGCCCUCGGGCACGAAGAAGACCCGGCAGUAUCUCAAUUCCCCACCGUCCCCAGGAGUAGAGGACCCUGCUCCCGCUCUUCCUAGCCCUGGGGUCUGCACAUCGCCUUCGGAAAUUCAACUGCAGACUGCAGGAGGAGGAGGGCGGGAGUUGUUAUCUCCUCGCGCCCAGGAAGAAGAAGAGAAGCGGGACGUAUUUGAAUUCCCUCUUCCUAAGCCCCCUGAAGACCCCUCUCCUUCUGAGCCGCUCCCCAAACCACCUCGUCACCCCCCAAAACCACUCAAAAGACUCAACUCCGAGCCCUGGGGCCUAGUGGCCCCUCCUCAGCCGGUUCCGCCCGCCGAAGGGAGGCCGGGGAUCGAGCGCUUGACAGCCGAAUUCAACGGCCUGUCCCUGACCGGUCGACCCCGUCUUUCUCGACGUCACAGCACUGAAGGCCCAGAGGACCCGCCCCCAUGGGCGGAGAAAGUGACGGGCGUGGGUCCCCUCUCUCGCCGAAACACAGCGCCAGAAGCUCAGGAAUCUGGUCCCCCUUCAGGGCUGAGACAGAAACUGAGCCGCAUGGAGCCGGUGGAGCUCGAUAACCCCGGACAUCUUUGCCCUGACUCGCCAGAGUCCAGCCGCCUGUCCCUGGAACGCCGCCGAUACAGCGCCUCCCCGCUGACCCUCCCUCCAGCCGGCUCAGCUCCCUCUCCUCGCCAGUCCCAGGAGAGUCUGCCGGGGGCCGUAUCUCCGCUGAGCGGACGGAGGCGGAGUCCGGGGCUGCUGGAGCGGAGGGGCUCGGGGACGUUGCUCCUGGACCACAUCUCGCAAACGCGGCCAGGUUUCCUGCCCCCGCUCAAUGUCAGUCCCCACCCUCCCAUCCCCGACAUUCGCCCUCAACCCGGAGGUCGGGCACCUUCGCUGCCUGCCCCUCCGCAUUCCGGGACGCCAGGCUCUCCCAGGACCAAGCGCAAGUUGGUGAGACGUCACUCCAUGCAGACUGAGCAGAUACGCCUGCUAGGGGGCUUCCAGAGUCUAGGCGGGCCAGGGGAGCCAGGGCGCUGAGAGGAAUGAAAGGAGCCAAGGAGGGUGGAGAGAUGAGGACCUUGAUGGGACAGGUGGAAGAACCAGCUCACACACACACCACGGGCAUAGGGGUCUCUUGCAUGUGUUCAUGGGCACGGUGCACUCACAUAUGAGUAAACGUGUCCACAAGCACAACACUCUUAUUAGCAAGGAAGGAUAAGUAUUCUAGUUACUGGGUAUAUAGACACAUGCAUUCGUGCCCUAGUCAUUUCACAUGCAUGUGGGAUUGCUUGUGAACCCACAGGCACAGCACACCAAUUGAACACACAGGGCCACUUGUGCUAGGGUCCCAAACUCACUUGCAUUUUCAGAAGCAGUAGGGAACCCGCUACUUAAGGUGGUCUCUGAUAUCUUUGCCCUCCUGCAGAAGCAAUCCAUUGCUUUCCAUGUAUGCCCUGCAACACAGCCUAUCAUGAUUUUGCACACUCUACCCUCUUCAUGAAUAUCCCACCCCAUUCUGCAGGCCUUGUUUCUCUCCAGGCCUGGCUCCUUGUUCACACUCUGCUUCCAGCCUCAACCAACCACUUUUCAAGAUAUUUUCUUCACUCUUCUUUUUU